GAUGGUUAGUGGUUUCCAUCAUGACUCAGAGGUGGUCGUGAACGACUACGACAGCCAGUUGAGUUCGUGUUUCGUAAUUAAAAAAAAAAAAGAAGAAAAACCAUAUACACAUAUCUCUCCUUAAGUAGGCAAGAGAUAUGUCAGUGUAAACGCCCGGAUAAAUAUAAGACCGAUUCAGAUCAAUGAUGAUGAUUAGCGCAACAGCGUGGACCUCGGGUCCCUCGAAUAACCCCCAACCGUUGUAAAUAUAUAUUUUUUUUUUAAGUUCGAUGCACGAGUUAAGGUGCGCUGCUGCUGCUGUUGCUGUUGCUGUUGCUGUGUACCCUGUUUUAGCAUCCUCUUAAUCCCGUCGACAAGUGCGACGCAGAAGAUUGAGCGAUGGAUCAGGCUAAAAACAGGCCAAGUAGAGCUCGUUUUCGUUCAGCAAGUAAUUCCGCUCGAAUUUUAGUCUUUGAUCAACCUGAAACAUCGGAGUCUAAGGCUAAAAGCGAGAUGGAAGGAUACAGGAAUCUCACUCUGCCCAAAAUGGAAAGCAAAGAAGCCCCUGUGAAACCAGCUGCCGAUGAGAUUUCCAAUUUGGUACGGAUGCGAAAUUCUGCGAUAGGGAAGUCAGCGCCGUCCCUUUCCAUUCAUAUGCGUGACUUUAACAUCCCACGGCGAGCAGCAAAAGCGGCUCAUCGAAAAUCAUUCAUUGCCACCACUUCUCCAACCCUGCCGCGUUGUCAGUCUCCAAUUUGCGGCAGUCCCCUAGAGAGUCCUAGGAUGUCAUCCAGUCCACAUUUUCCUUUUGCACCAAUUAAAAGAAUCAACGCAAGCAGCACAGCAGUGGCCGAUGGCAGGCGAUGGUCCGUCGCAAGUCUACCUUCGAGUGGCUACGGGACGACUCCAGGCUCCAGUAAUGUGUCUUCCCAAUGUUCGAGCCAGGAACGCCUUCACCAGUUACCCAACAUACCGACCAAAGACGAACUCCGCAUGCUGUCCUGUCACUUUUCAAAACCAGGUACGCCUUGCGGCUCGCACCCGGGCUUUCCUGGAUCAAGUAUAUCCAGUAUUCCAGGAUCCAUAGCUCUUAGCAUGGAAGAAGAGGGUCGCAGAUCGCCGAUGCAUCGUCCAAGGUCCAGAAGUUUGAGUAGCCCGAGUCGAUCUCCUGUUUUGGAUAGCGAAAUAGUGAUGAUGAACACGUUAUACAAGGAGCGAUUUCCCAAAGCCACGCAACAAAUGGAGGAAAGAUUGACUAAUUUUAUUAACGAAAAUCGUGAAAUAGACGAAUAUGAACUGGUUACGCAGAUAGCACCGGAUUCUUUGCCUAUACUGAGAUUCGUCCAUCAUCAAGUGAUAGAAAUGGCUCGUGAUUGUCUACAAAAAUCUCAAGAAAAAUUAAUCACUUCUAGAUACUUUUAUGAGAUGAGCGAAAAUUUGGAAAUACUCUUAAUGGAGACGAAAGAAAAAUCUUUGGAAGCAGCAGCUAGACUAACAGGACUAAUUAAAAAAUUGUUACUAGUAAUCUCAAGACCGGCGCGACUUUUAGAAUGCCUCGAGUUUGAUCCAGAAGAAUUUUAUCACCUUUUGGAGCAGGCGGAAGGGCAAGCUAGGAUAAAUAUCGGAAUCAAAGCCGAUAUUCCUCAGUACAUAAUUAACAAAUUGUCACUUAAUCGUGACCCGAUCUCAGAGUUACAGGAAGAUUUGAAUAAACUCGAAGACUCAGCGUCGUCUAGCGAAAAUAAUUUACUAUUGGCUUCGUCUAGUCCAGGUAAAGAAGACGAAAUUCGAUCUCAGCGGGUGCCAUGCGAAAGCGAUUACGAAGUUUUGAAGCUGAUAAGCAACGGAGCUUACGGAGCUGUCUAUUUGGUGAAGGAAAAAAUAACGAGGCAACGUUUUGCUAUGAAAAAAAUAAACAAGAACAAUUUAAUGUUAAGGAAUCAAGUGGAACAAGUAUUUGCCGAACGUGAUAUUAUGAGUUUCACCGACAAUCCUUUCGUCGUUUCCAUGUAUUGUAGUUUUGAAACAAAGAAACACUUGUGCCUCGUAAUGGAAUACGUUGAGGGAGGUGACUGCGCGAAUCUCUUGAAAAAUAUCGGACCAUUACCACCAGAUAUGGCUAGAUUUUAUUUUGCUGAAACUGUUUUAGCUGUUGAAUAUUUGCACAAUUACGGUAUCGUUCAUCGGGAUUUAAAACCUGACAACUUACUCAUCACCGCUCUGGGUCACAUAAAAUUGACAGAUUUUGGCCUCAGCAAGAUGGGUCUCAUGUCCCUGGCAACAAAUCUGUACGAAGGUUACGUGGACAGAGAUACUCGGCAAUUCUCCGAUAAACAGGUAUUCGGAACCCCCGAAUACAUAGCGCCCGAAGUGAUCCUUCGCCAAGGUUACGGAAAGCCUGUUGACUGGUGGUCAAUGGGUAUAAUACUGUAUGAGUUCUUGAUUGGCUGUGUUCCAUUUUUCGGAGAAACACCCGAAGAAUUAUUUGCCCACACGGUCAAUGACGACAUCGAGUGGCCUGAUAAUGAUGACUGGCCAGUACAACCGGAAGCAAAGGAUAUAAUAACUGCACUUUUGCAACAAAGCCCUAGGGAUCGCCUGGGAACAGCGGGAUCUCACGAAGUUAAGGAACAUCCUUAUUUCUUUGGCGUCGACUGGAACAGUCUUUUGAGACACAAGGCUGAAUUCGUUCCGCAGUUGACAAACGAUGAGGACACAAGUUACUUCGACUCUCGUAUGGACCGCUACAAUCACGAUUUGGGUGAUGAUACGGACGACACCGAUGACUCUCCUCUCUUUGGCUCGUUUUCAUCAUACUCACCGCAAUCGCGCAAAAUAUCUCAGACAAGGCCGCAGUUGUUUAACAUGUCUGAGCCAGAAUUGGACUUUUCUCGAAAGCAAUUAUUCCGCUGCGAGUCCGAAACCUCGGACGCUCAAUUAUCUCCUGGCUUUGUGCAAAACGUUGCUUCUGUAGCACAGAAGUCAUUGCAAAAGAAUUUGCUGCUUGAUAAGAAUCAGUCGCAGACUAAGAAUAACUCGUUUCAUGAAUCUCCAGAUAAAACUGCAGACAAGUCUGAUCCAAAUAGUACUGGUUCUACGAUAUCUGCGACCUUCAGUAGAGAUGCGCAAUCAACGAGUGCUACAAAAAAUAGCAGCGGUGAUGCACUCUCCGUCAGUUUGAGUACUCCGGAUUCUUCUCAAACCGAAUCCGAUGACGUCAGCCCGCAGAUUCAAAGAAAACGCCAUUCGCAUACACGCGACAAGCUGCCCAGGUUCAGUAUAUCCAUUGACGACGAACACAUAUUGGAUCUAGCGGCUGCUAACAGGGAUGCUGCGGAUGACAAGCACAAUUCCAGCACAGAUUCGUUCGAAACGUUCGCAAUGUCUUUGCUACCCUUGACAAAACACAGAUCCAGAUCGGUGAUAAAAUCUGCAUCAACCAGCGGGCUGUCUCUGGUCAUACCGACGAAUGACUUACCAUUGACGCAGCCAAUCGAAUCACCUGGCGGCUCUUCCACCGCCUCCUCUCGGGAUACUUCGCCAUGUAGAGAACUCAGCCCUCUGGUAACCAGUCUCAAACCACCAACCAUCAUUAGGCGAGGUCCCUGCGGCUUCGGAUUCACCGUUCACACCAUACGUGUUUAUUAUGGUGACAGCGAUUUCUAUACCAUGCAUCAUUUGGUCAUGGCGGUCAAUCAAUCUAGUCCAGCAUUUGAGGCGGGACUUAGACCCGGAGACUUGAUAACUCACAUUAACGGUGAAGCAAUUCAGGGGCUUUAUCACACGCAAGUUUUGCAGCUAAUGCUGAGCGGAGGAGAUCAUGUAACUUUGCGAAGUACGCCACUGGAAAAUACGAGCAUUAAAAGCGGGGGUAGAAAGCGUGAGUUGGGGCAGAGUAAAAUGGCGAAAAAAUCGCUUCACAGACAGAGAAAGCAGAAGCGCGAUCAUUCGGACAAAAAACGAAAGACAUCGCUGUUCAGAAGAAUCAGUUCUAAACGAGCCAGUGUCGAGAUGCAGCAGCCGUUAAGUAUCAGUUGUCCUUUGUCGGCACCAAUCCUUCCCAGUGACAGCAAACCUCCACUUAUGAUGGCUGCGGGAAUCUGUUCUCCGUCAAUGGUUACUCCGAGUCGUUCGUUCCAGUCAUUUACUCGCUCUUUACCGCCUCAGGAAUCGGCACCGUUUUUCAACGCCUGUACCAAGUCAGUCUGCAGCCCGUCACCUCCAAUAAAUCGAUCCAGUUCGGAAUCCUACCACUCGACGACCACCUCGAGCCCAUGCUCAAGUCCCAGUUCUUCGUCGUCCAGUACAAAUCCUCCUAUAGGGAACAUAUCGAGUAUCGCUAAUCAGUCUCAUUAUCAGAGGCCAAGUACGCUGCAUGGACUGAAGCACAAGCUCCACACUGCUGCGAAAAAUAUUCAUUCCCCAAACAGGAGGAAAUCUGUCGGUCACAUACCCCUUUCGCCUUUGGCCAGGACUCCCAGUCCAUCGCCCAUCCCUGCCAGCCCAACGAGGAGCCCGAGUCCUCUGGCUUUUCCCACUGGGCAUCAGCCGGGAAGUUCUAAUACAACACAAUCUUACAGUCCAGGGGUUUCUCUGUCGACGCCAAGCGGUCAGAAGAAAGGUUUUAGUCGUCCGAAAUCGGCGGAGCCUGGAUCGCCGCUGUUAAGACGGGCGCUGAGUCCGGAUCGCUUGCAUCCCCGUUCGGCAGAAAGUAAAACGUCUAUAUCACCAUUGGCAAAUACUGUGCUGAAAGUGAUACCGCGAGUGACGAUUGCCCAGACAUCCAUGACUGACACCGCAAAUGAGGCGAGUAUCGCCCAUUCAAAAGAGAGCAUCGAUUCGAAGGCGGAGAAAAAAUUGGUCGACCAAAAAACCACCACGGAAUAUCCCAAGCUGACUCAUAGUAUGUCGAUAAACAUAGCGAACGUUGGAAUACAGAAUAGCACACAGCUGCCACGGAUAGCCGAAGAAAAGGACUCGCCGACUGGAAGCAGGAGUGACGACUACUCGUCGAAAAGCAUUGGAAAGCUGGAGCAAGCCAGCGAUACAUCAAAGUCAAAUGAUUCGGUGGGAUCCGGAAAGGAUUUGAAGGAAUCCUCCUUCGUUAUGACGAGAAAAAGCGUUCUUAACGCCGUCGAAAGGCUGCAAUCUGCCUCGGAAGAGGCUGCAGCCGAACGUCCAGAGGCAUCUUCGUUCCGUAAUAGAAAAUCUGAGGGCGUCGUUUCCCAGAGAAAAUACAGUGUCGCCGAGUCAAAAUUCUGCAGCAAAAACUGGUUGGAUUCAGUCGCCGAAAAAGAUCCUCCCAAGCAAGCAAAACCUCCCGAGCCGUUACCCCUUAAGCAAAUGUCCACGCUUAUGCAGAGGAAAGCGAGUGUCUUCGACCUCAAGAUGUCGGAUAAAAAUUCGAAUGACUCGAGCAUGGAAGGCAAGAAGAUUUUGAAGAGAUACAAAGUCGAUCCUGACACUGGCAGCUCGAGCCAGGAAAAAAACACUACUGGUGACAAGAAAAAUAAUUAGACCAGAGUUUCGACGAACUUUACCACCGAUUUGAUCGAUCUAUAUUUUUUCCCUUUUUUCCCCAUCGAUAGCACAUUGCUUGAAGUAGUAAAAUUUACGGUUUGUUCAUCGAUUGGUAUAAGGACCUCUUGAUUGUAACGUCGAAUGUUUUUCAACGAAUUAUUAUCCCCAAGGUACUCCCAAGGUUUACCUGUGAAUUUUCCACAUAUCGGUGAAAUUACCGAACAUUUUGAAGCUGAUAACUGCAAUUUUUUGUCCUCGUUAUUUGUGUUUCCUUACGUAGAUUGAACAAAUUCGGGGAUAAAUUGAGACUGAAAACACACGUUGGUCCGGCUGUGUGUUAAUAAUUACGCACGUUUGAUAACGACAAAUGGCUAUUUCGAAUUCGAAUAGUAAUAUUUACUCGCAUAAUCAAUCAGUUUAACAGUUUUCGCAUUUAGCUUUAGGCUUGAAAUUCAUUUCCGCAGUGAAAUGAUUGCGAUUUUUUUUUUUUUUUUAAUCAAUUUGUUACCGUCACUUUAAUAACAUCAGUCCAUACGAAGAUCGAAUUAGACAACCUGCUAAGAUGAUUUUUAUGCUCAGUUCGCCAAUUUUUUUUUUUUUUUAUACGUAAAUUGAAGAAACACAACUGAAAAUUCAGUUCAAACAAUUUACCAGUUUUAAUAUGUGAGAUCGAAAUACAAAAAAGCAAAAACAACCAGUUAGUAUAGAAAUUCGAAUGUUUACACCUCAUGUGUUACACAAUCAAAUUCUUUCACGCCAUCUCUUUAUUGUUACCUGUCUCUUUUAAUCUCUCUUUAGUGCGUUUGCACAUAGCAAAUUGAUCAACGAAGGAGUAAAAACACUUGAGUCUAUUAGGAAGUUGGAAUAAUUCGUUUGAUUAAAAAAAAAAAAUAAAAAAAAAAAAAAAAUAUCUGAAACUUGACGAACAAAACACGGAAAAGCAAAGAAUAAAAAAUAUGUAAUCGUGUUCGAAAUAUUUUCUGUAUAGUUAGCAUGGUUAUCGUUUUUCGUCCAUUUCGUCGAUGUAUGAUUAACUACGAUUUUACAUAGUUUCGUAAGCUCAAAGCGUUUAGAAACAACAAAAUAAUAAUUAUAUUAAUAAUAACAUAUGAAAAUAAAAAUAAGAAGCGAAAAUGGAACAGCAACGGUGCAAAAAAAAUUAUCGUGACACUUAUUCAGAUCACUUUAUUAAAAAUCGAUCAAGAUAAAUUACUUGGAUUCAGACCGAACCUAAGUGUGGAUACAUCCGCGUAAGGAUGUAACUUUGUACUAGACUUUUCUUUGUCCCCUUUCAAUUCACGCAGGUUCAUGUAUACGAAAUAGAUUUAUCGUUUAAGAGUCGUACGCAGCUUAUUCUCUUUUCUCCUCAGAAUAUCGUUAAGCAAUCCCUACUCUCAUUGUACUUUGUUACGUGUGAUAGAAAAAACAACUUACAAAAAAUAAUAAUCGUAAUAACGUGUAUAAUAACAAUGAAACAUAAUCAAAAAUAACCAGUGGAGGUUUCUGUAAUCGGAAAAUUAAAUAUGUCGCUAUACGUUAGAACUACUUUCACUAUGUAUCGCGUAUAUAUCGUAUAUUGUUCCGAAUAUAAGCCGAGGUUUUUUGUCGUUGACAGAACCCGCCAAAAUUGUCCUCGUCUUACGUGCGGGUAACUGAGAAAAACAUUCUGAAAUAUUGUCUGAAAAUUUGUGGUAGUCUUAUACUAGGAACAAUACGGUAAUAGGUUCACAUUACACGUGCUUGAAUAAAAAGAAUAAAAACUGCCUCAGUUUUCGAGUAUACAAUUGUUGCAAGUCGUAGUUUGAGAGACAUUGUAGAGAGGUUUACAUCGUAGUUAGAGAAUAGAUUUUGAAAUGAUGAGAUUUUCAUUAUGGCGAUUUUAGAUUUGUGUAUUUUUCUUUCUUAUUUUUCUCUUUUUCAUCUCUCUGAAAAAUAAUUACCAUAGACCGCACUACUGCGGUAUCGAUUUUAUAACGUAUACAAAUAUACACAAAUAUAUUUACAACUAUUAUACAAACAAAUGCACGUGCUAUAUGUAUUAUAAUAAAUAUAAUAACAAAUACACGACACGUGAAAUCGUUCGAGGCUGCUUCAGCCGUAAAUUUAUAAUCCGCGGUGUUCCUUAGCUCUACGUAUUAAAAAUUAUUAAUAUACAAUUUUACGCUCUGUAUAUGUUGAUAAAUAACUGGUUAAUAUUUAACUUUGAACACGUUUCAUCAGAUUACGUAUACUAAUAAUAAUAAUAAUAAUAAUAAUCGCUCGUCGAGAACUUGAAUAUAAUACUGCUGAAAGAAAAAAAAAAAACGUAAAAAGCGAAUUAAUUAAGAUUAGAAUAAACUGCAUUAAAAAAAAAAAAAAAAAACAUUCGAUCAAAAAUAACAAGUCUUUACAUGAUCAUAAUCAAUGUUCACAUUUUCAAAUAAUUCCGGUUACGUUCACUCACUAUAUAUUUAACAACAUUUUUUAGGUCGUUCUGUCCUAACGUAAUAUGUGCAGGAAAAACUUUGACUAUAUAAAUUGAUUAUAAUCUCUGUAUAUAUAUGAAAUUACAUAUCAAUCGCCAUUUUUUCAACGAUCAAGAGCACGCUUGUGUAAGUGGGCAUCGGAGUUUUAAAAAACGCAUUGAAAAAAUGAAAAAUAAAAAAAAUAAAAAAAAAAUAAAAUAAAAUAAAAAAUCAAGAAAUAAUGACACUUGAAGGGCAUAACAGAAACAAAAGGGAAAAUGUAAUUCCGCGCCGUUUGUGACUGUAAUUUUUGAAGCUAACUCGCUUUAGAAUAAUUAAACCGGUUAUCCGUUAUAACCCACCAAUUCUGUACUUUUUUUUAUCUAAUUUGUUAUAAUCCACCUACGCGUUUCAGUAUUAUUCAUAUUCCGAUUGUGAAAAUCGUUGGAUAGUUAAUUUAGGCAGUGCAGAUUUUCUUUUCCUGUCGUUGACCGAUUUAUCGUGAUGAUUAGUAGAUUUUCUUUUCUGUUGUCGGUAUGAAAAUUGAAUGAAUAAAAAUAAAAACAAAUGAUAAAAAAAAAAAAAAACGACCUUUUCUUCUUUUUAACGUGGAAAAGAAGGGUUUCCU